GUUUGGAAACAGAUCGAGAGAAAAUUCCGUGUGCUGAAGAAGACCAUGGCAGGAAAUAUAUAAUAAAAAACGCGAGGAUUUCUAAUCAUGGCCAAAAGCGAUGAUGAAAGUGAUGCAUGAAGGCGCACGAUUGCGAUGAUUCUUUUUCUCCCUUUCUUUUUUUCUUUCUCAGCGGCUGAAGGAGAAAUUGGUAAUGGUGGUGAUGGUGGUGGUGGUGGUGGUGGUGAAGUGGAGAUGAGACGACCACGACGACGAGAAAUGAGCGAUACAUACCUUGCAACAUGCCGUGGAAUUUUCGGGAUUUAUUCUUUGGGGAUGUAUUUCUUCCCGUGUGAUGCCCGAUGUACAGGGAGCCGUCAGGGAGGCGACCGCCGUCAGCCCUGUUCCAUCCGUCUCUCAUCGGCAGGCAGAGGGAGAGGGAGGGUGACGACACCGAGUUCCUGCAUGGUCAGCGGACGGUCUAACCCAGCGUCAGAUGAGGUGACGAGCGCGGGGGAGUGGAUCCAACACGUCAAAGGUCGUUUUCGAUUUGUGUUCAUUCGGUUCCCCUAUCGACGUCGUGUAUUCUCCCCAUCAUCUCCUGGUCCUGCUUCUUCUCCGUCCUGCUUCUCCCUCUUGGAAAUUUCCCAAGAUGACGGGGGGAAAGAGACAAGAAACAGGGCCAAGCACCUAUUCUGCUCUCCCAAAAGAAAAAUCAGAAAAGCAGGAGUGGAAAUCUCUCUUCCUCGUGGAAGGCCGACAUCAUGUCAUAAUCCCACCUCUCCAUCGGAUCGCCCUCCAUUCCCCUUUCCAAUCUACCGAAGCCCUGUUCCCCAAUAUCUCCCCCUUUCAUCGCCCACGACGUUCGCACACAUCUAAGAUCCCCUGAACGCAUCGAACCGCUUGUAGGUGUAGCCGAUGAACGGCAGGGACAUGGUGGACUCGUCGCCGGCGCCGGUCGCGAGGGCGGCCUCGGUCUCGCGGCGCAGGGCGGCCGAGUUGUCGACCUGGGGGAUCUCGUCGAUGGGGAAGUACUGCGUGUCGAUGUUGGACU